UGCUGGGGAGGUGGGGGCAGAUCACAUCAACAUCCUGGCGUUGGGCUGGGUCGGCGUGGAGCCCCAGAAAUGUUCCCAAGCCCAUUCUUACCAAGAACCAAUGAGUAAAAUCAGGGGCCUCCCACCUGAGGUCAGGGAACCAGGCCCUGGAGUGGAACUCGGGGUGGAAAAUGGCCUUCUUUGUCAACUGAUUCAUUCUCCAGAAUUCAGUUUGUUCUCCAACUCGGUGGUGUUUGAAAGCAACUUUAUCCAGGUCACUAAGCCCGGGAACUGGAGAGAUGUCUGUGAAGGGUCUGCCACCAUGAUCCUCGGGGUGACCUCCUCGGUGCCCUCCCUGCCACUCCCCAAUGUCCUCCUGAUGGCCAAUGUUACCUGGCCCCAGGGUCCAUUUACCACCUGGAGCACACCUGGUGAUGCCCCAGUCAUCAACCUCAGCAGGCUUCUCCCCCUGAAGUACGUGGAGCUACGAAUCUACGACUGGCUCCAGUGCAUCCUGAGGGUUAGGACAGUGACCGAAAAGAUCUACUAUCUGAAGCUCCACGAAAAACACCCAGAGAUUGUGUUUCAAUUCUGGGUCCGCUUGGUGAAAAUUCUGCAGAAAGGCCUGUCCAUCACCACCAAAGACCCGAGAAUCAAAUUCACUCACUGCCUGGUACCCAAGAUGCCCACCAACUCCACAGAAACAACACCUGAAAACAGCCUCCUGUCAUCCUCCCAGCCCAGCGAGCCCCUCGUGCUGCUGGCGGCUGAGCAGACCAGUGGCAGUUUCUCACAGCUCUCAGGAAAGCCCCAGCUCACAGCAGACAGGAACAAUGACACUGCCAUUGAAAUAGACAACUGCAGCAGCUACAAGAUACCCUCUCCAGUGGCAUCUCCAAUCAAUUUGAAUAUACCCAUGAGAGCUGCCUUGAGCCACAGCCUCUGGGAACAAGAGGACCGGAAUGAGCACUUUCUACAAGUUCAUAUAGCCAGUUACCUAGGAGAGCACUUCUUGGGAGCCUGA